AUGAAGUUUCCAGAAUAUAAUGGAACGGCAGAUCCCCUAGCUCACCUCAGAGCUUUAAGGCUUUCCAUAGCCCAAGCUCAUCUCAACGACGAGGAGAAGGAAGCAAGCUUCUGCCGACUCUUCGCCGAAAAUUUUGUCGGAUCCGCCCUAGAAUGGUUCGCCGGACUAGAGGAAGGAUCCAUAGACCACUUCCAAGAGCUAGGCUCAGCUUUCCUCAAACACUACUCGGUGUUUAUAGCUUCCAAGGCUACGGAGGCCGACCUUUGGACAUGCAGACAGAACCACCAGGAACCCCUGCGGGCUUACUUGGCUAGGUUCAAGGAAAUUAAGUCCAAAAUAGCCAAUUUGAACGAGGGAGUAGCACUCUCUGCGCUCAAACAAGGGCUAUGGUUUGACUCACCCUUCAGACAAGAACUAUCAGUUCGUUGUCCAGAAACAAUAGACGAUGCGCUCCAUAGAGCCGCGAGCUUUGCCCAAUACGAGGAGGAACAGAGAAUCCUCCGAGAACAGUACGAGGCAGACUUGUUAGUGCCUAGUCCCAGCGCUACCAAAAAUGCAGCCAAAAAAGAGCCCGGCGGCAAAGGGAUACACAGCUUCACAAUAGGAAGCUCGUCGAAAAAAGAGUCGAAAAAAAAGAAAAAAUCAACCUACGACGCAAGCAAAUUCUGCACUCAUCAUAACAAGAAGGGACAUUCCACAGAAGAAUGUCGCACAGUCCUAGCCAAAAAGGCUAAACUCGCCGCGAAGGCCGCAGAGCAGGAGGGGGAGCCCACAGGAAAAAACGAGGAACCAAAAAACUCAAAGACGUCAAACAAUAAAAGAGACCGAGCCCCCAUGGAUGAAAUCCGAGUUCUCCCCCUCUGGGACCUAAAAAAGAGAAUAGAUCUCAUAUUCAGGGGAAUAACUCGGUGUGGAGGAUCUAUGAAAUCGGUGAUCUCACCUCCAUCCGCUCCUAAAAAAGAUGCAAAGCCGCAAACUGGCAAUCAGCUAUUAGAAGCUCGUAAGACCACAAAACCAGAACUUCCAAAAUUCCAGGGAGUUCUGGAACUCUUCGAGCGACCCAGACCUAAGCAAAUAAAUUUCAUAUCCGGAGGCUCCAAAUACUGCUAA